ACUUUGCCCGCAAUGUUAUCCUGUCAUCAGGGUCAGGCAGGGUGAUAGGAUGUAUACUUCAACAGACACACAGCUUUAGAGAUCCUUCCCUUGCAGUAGUAGGGCUGACAGAGAGGAGCACCAGGCUUGUGCAGUGUUAUUGUUGGCUGAAAAAAGAACAUCCCAGAUGGCUCGCAGGAGACGAGGCCGUGGCGGCAAUGGACAGCACCAUCAACAGGCUGCCGCGCACAAUCAAAGAGGAGGCCCUCGCAGGACUCCACGGGAGCCAGCAGAUUUUGCCAAGUCUACAGGUUUUGAAUCUGAUAUCCCACAUGACAAGCUCACCAUUGCUCAAGCACGGAGGGGGACACCAGCUAACCGCCCCGUGAGAGUCUACGCUGAUGGAAUCUUUGAUCUUUUCCAUUCGGGACAUGCUCGAGCUCUGAUGCAGGCAAAGAAUGUGUUCCCAAACACUAAUCUUAUAGUAGGAGUGUGCAGCGAUGAACUCACUCACAAGUUUAAGGGCUAUACGGUGAUGACAGAGGACGAACGCUACGAAGCCCUCAGGCACUGCCGUUACGUUGACGAGGUAGUGCGGGAUGCACCCUGGAGUCUUACACCAGAAUUCCUCAAGAAACAUAAGAUUGACUUUGUGGCCCAUGAUGAUAUACCUUACACCUCCGCUGGAUCAGAGGACGUCUACAAACACAUCAAGGAAGCAGGAAUGUUUGUGGCCACUCAGAGGACGGAGGGCAUCUCCACAUCCGAUCUGAUCACUCGUAUCGUUCGUAAUUACGACAUGUAUGUCAGACGCAACCUGCAAAGAGGCUACACAGCCCGUGAACUAAAUGUUGGCUUCAUUAAUGAGAAAAAGUACCGGCUUCAGAACCAGGUGGACAAGAUGAAAGAGACAGUCCGUACGGUGGAGGAAAAGUCGAAACAUUUUGUCUACAGGGUGGAAGAGAAGAGCCAGGACCUCAUCCACAAAUGGGAAGAGAAGUCACGGGAAUUCAUUGGCAACUUUCUGGAGCUUUUCGGACCAGAUGGAGCAUGGCAUGCAAUUCAGGAGAGAAGUGGCCGUAUGCUCCAGGCCCUGUCACCCUACUCUUCGCCCCAUGGCUCACCAAGCAGCAGUCCCACCAGAAGACGCUCAGUUUCUUCUGACUCCACCCCCUCUUCUGCAACUGCCUCCCCACCUUCCUCUCCAUCUUCCCACUCUUCAACUAAAAAGGGGAGACGUUCACGCUCGUCACCGAAAGUUGCCUCUAUAAACAGCAAGCAUGCACAAUGAGCUCCUCAUUUGUCCUCUUGCAGUCUAUUUGCCAUUCAUUUGGAAGAAAAUGUUCUGAAAGGAGGCUAUUAAUUAUAACUAGCAACUAAAAAUGAAAAUAUUUAAUUUAUUAGGGGUGUAUUUAAGUCCAACGUCAUGUACAUAAUGUGUGUGUACAGAAAAGAAAAGAAAAACAACAUUAAAAUUUUGUUUGGAUGUCA